CCCCGCGCUGGCGCCCCCCGGGCCGCCGCCCGGCGCGGGGGCCAUGGCGUUCACCUUCGCCGCGUUCUGCUACAUGCUCACCCUGGUGCUGUGCGCCUCCCUCAUCUUCUUUGUCAUCUGGCACAUCAUAGCCUUUGACGAGCUGCGGACCGACUUCAAGAACCCCAUCGACCAGGGGAACCCAGCGCGGGCACGCGAGCGUUUAAAAAACAUCGAACGCAUCUGCUGCCUCCUGAGGAAGCUGGUGGUCCCAGAAUACUCCAUCCACGGCCUCUUCUGUCUGAUGUUUCUGUGUGCAGCGGAGUGGGUGACCCUGGGCCUCAACAUCCCCCUCCUCUUCUACCACCUCUGGAGGUACUUCCAUCGUCCUGCGGAUGGCUCUGAGGUCAUGUAUGAUGCGGUCUCCAUCAUGAAUGCUGACAUCCUCAACUACUGCCAGAAGGAGUCCUGGUGCAAACUCGCCUUCUACCUGCUCUCCUUCUUCUAUUACCUGUACAGUAUGGUUUAUACGUUGGUGAGUUUCUAAGGGGGAAGCCGGCCAGGGAGCAAGCCCAGAAUGGACCGGACGCCUGUGCACCCCCAGCCCUGCCCCUCGGCCGCAGAGGCCUCAGCCCCGGGGAGGGAGGGGGCACUGGUGCCCCCAGCCUCCUCUCCACCCCCCCCCAAACUGCUGCUGCGGGGACCUCCCGCCUUCAGAGCCCCCUCCCCUUGGACUAGGGCUGGGCAGAGCUCUAAAUAGGGGCAGGGGCUCCUCUGCCAGCCUGUAGGCAUGGCAGUCAGUCUUGGAAGGGGCGAAACCUCCAGCCUGUCCACUUCGGGGGGGACAUGGGCCCUGCCAAGGGGCAGGGCUUGACCCUGGAGGUUCUAGGCCGCCCCCCUCCACCCCCACCCUAAGGCUCCCCCUGCAGGUGGGGGGGUACCCACACCGGGAAUGAGCAGGCUCAGCAGGGGGGCAGCCCCGCCCCUAGUCUGCCCUCUCCCCUCCCCCAGGCUGUCUCUCCAGAUCUCCCCCUUCCCCAUCCACACUUGCCCCAACCCCAGCCUGUCCUGUCUCUUGGACCUAUUUUCUAUGUUGCCUGGAGGAGUCCGGCACCCCCUCCCCGGCCAUUUGUGACAAAAUAUGAAUAAACUACUGCAAACAUGUGG